CUGCAAAAUCUUUUUCUGUACCUUUGUGGCGGGAAGCCUCUUCUCUUAAAAACCCUAAAAAGCCCCCAAAUUCUUAAUCCUCCCAUUCUGAUGCAAUGCCCAGCCAACAAGCGAAGUAAUUUUGGAUAGGAUUCUCUUACAGAAGAAUAAACAUCCACUAAGCACUCCACUCUGCACUAUGUACUGGCUUGCAACUAGAAACGUCGUCGUUUCGCUUCCCCGGUGGCGUUCCCUCGCUCUCUUGCUUCGUUCUGCAGCUCCCAGGCACUGCUCAUUCAGGCCUUCACCGACGCUUCGCUACAGCAGCAGACAGUUGGAUGGGAUUUGUUGUUUUAAAGGCCAGAAAGUUUUGAAGGGAAGCUCAAAAACCACCAAGAAAUCUAAAGCAUUAAAUGGUGCCCUCAAUGAUAGGGAUCUUUCGCACUUACUAUGGUGGAAGGAGAGGUUGGAGAGGUGCAGAAAGCCUUCAACUGUUCAGCUGGUUAAAAGGCUUACAUAUACCAAUUUGCUAGGCUUGGAUGUUAACUUGAGAAAUGGGAGUCUAAAAGAAGGAACACUCAACUGGGAGAUGUUGCAGUUUAAGUCAAGGUUUCCACGUGAAGUUUUGCUCUGCAGAGUUGGGGAAUUUUAUGAAUCCAUUGGAAUAGAUGCUUGUGUUCUUGUUGAAUAUGCAGGCUUGAAUCCUUUUGGAGGUCUGCGUUCAGAUAGCGUUCCAAGAGCUGGUUGCCCCGUAAUGAAUCUUCGGCAAACUUUAGAUGAUUUGACACUUAAUGGGUAUUCAGUGUGCAUAGUGGAGGAAGUUCAGGGUCCAACACAAGCUCGUGCUCGUAAAGGUCGUUUUAUAUCUGGGCAUGCACAUCCAGGUAGCCCAUAUGUAUUUGGACUUGUAGGUGUCGAUCAUGAUCUUGACUUUCCAGAACCAAUGCCUGUAGUUGGAGUAUCUCGUUCUGCAAGGGGGUAUUGCAUAAAUUUAGUCCUGGAGACCAUGAAGACAUAUUCCUCUGAGGAUGGUUUGACUGAAGAGGCCUUAGUUACCAAGCUUCGUACUUGUCGAUACCAUCAUUUAUAUCUGCAUACAUCUUUGAGAAACAAUUCUUCAGGCACUUGCCGCUGGGGUGAAUUUGGUGAGGGAGGUCUGUUGUGGGGAGAAUGUAGUGCCAGACAGUUUGAAUGGUUUGGAGGGAAUCCUGUCAAUGAGCUUUUGCUUAAGGUAAAGGAGCUUUAUGGUCUUGAUGAUGAAGUUACAUUUAGGAAUGUCACUGUGUCUUCAGAAAAUAGGCCCCAGCCUUUAACUCUCGGAACAGCAACACAAAUUGGUGCCAUACCAACAGAGGGAAUACCUUGUUUGUUGAAGGUGUUGCUUCCAUCUAAUUGCACUGGUCUACCUGUAUUGUAUAUUAGAGAUCUUCUUCUUAACCCUCCUGCUUAUGAGAUUGCAUCUGCAAUUCAAGCAACUUGCAAAGUUAUGAGCAAUGUAACGUGCUCGAUUCCCGAGUUUACUUGCGUUUCAUCUGCAAAGCUUGUGAAGCUACUUGAACAGAGGGAGGCCAAUCAUAUUGAGUUUUGUAGAAUAAAAAAUGUACUUGAUGAAAUAUUGCACAUGUAUAAAAAUUCUGAGCUCAAGGAAAUCCUAAAAUUGUUGAUGGAUCCAACAUGGGUGGCAACUGGGUUAAAAAUUGACUUUGAGACAUUGGUUACUGAAUGUGAGUGGGCUUCGGGUCGAAUUGGUGAAAUGAUCUCUCUAGAUGGUGAAAGUGAUCAAAAAAUUAGUUCCUCUUCUGUCAUUCCCAGUGACUUUUUUGAGGAUAUGGAGUCUUCUUGGAAAGGUCGUGUGAAGAAGAUCCAUAUAGAGGAAGAAUUUGCAGAAGUUCAAAGGGCAGCUGAGGCCUUAUCUUUAGCAGUUACUGAAGAUUUCCUCCCUAUAAUUUAUAGAAUAAAAGCUUCCACAGCCCCAUUUGGAGGUUUAAAGGGAGAAAUUUUAUAUGCUCGAGAGCAUGAAGCUGUUUGGUUCAAGGGUAAACGGUUUACACCAUCUGUUUGGGCUGGGACUCCUGGGGAGGAACAAAUCAAACAGCUUAAACCUGCUUCAGAUUCGAGAGGUAGAAAGGUUGGAGAGGAAUGGUUUACCACAUGGAAGGUGGAGGAUGCUUUAACAAGGUAUCAUGUGGCAGGUGCCAAGGCAAAACUGAAGGUCUUGGAAUUAUUGAGGGGACUUUCUUCUGAAUUACAAUCUAAAAUUAAUAUCCUUGUCUUUGCUUCCAUGUUGCUUAUUGUUGCAAAGGCAUUAUUUGCUCAUGUGAGUGAAGGGAGAAGGAGGAAAUGGGUUUUUCCCACUCUUGCAAAGUCCCAUAGAUCCAAGGAUGUGAAGCCAUUAGAUGGAGCAUAUGGGAUGAAGAUAACUGGCCUAUCGCCAUAUUGGUUUGAUGUAGCAGAAGGCAGUGCUGUACAUAAUACAGUUGAUAUGCAAUCAUUGUUUCUUUUGACAGGACCUAAUGGGGGUGGUAAAUCAAGUUUGCUUCGAUCAAUCUGCGCUGCUGCUUUACUUGGAAUAUGUGGAUUUAUGGUGCCUGCAGAGUCAGCCUUGAUUCCUCAAUUUGAUUCAAUCAUGCUUCACAUGAAAUCUUAUGAUAGUCCUGCUGAUGGAAAAAGUUCAUUUCAGGUAGAAAUGUCGGAAAUUCGGUCCAUUAUUGCCGGAACCACUAAAAGAAGCCUUGUGCUUAUAGAUGAAAUUUGCCGAGGAACAGAAACCGCAAAAGGGACUUGUAUUGCAGGGGGUAUCAUCGAAACUCUUGAUAAAAUUGGUUGUCUGGGUAUUGUAUCCACUCACUUGCAUGGAAUAUUUACUUUGCCACUCAAUACCAAGAACACGGUUAACAAAGCAAUGGGAACAGAAUAUGUAGAUAGCAAAACAAAACCAACUUGGAAGUUGAUAGAUGGGAUAUGUAGAGAAAGUCUUGCAUUUGAAACAGCCAAAAAGGAAGGAAUGCCUGAAACAAUAAUCGAAAGAGCUGAAGGCCUGUAUCUUUCGGUUUAUGCAAAAGAAGUUCUUUCUGGAAGAAAUGACACAGAAACAGACCUUUGUUCUAACACGAGUAUUAAUCAUUCUGAUGAAUCCCUUGAAUUGAAUCGGAUUAGACAAGAAGCUGCCUUUAAUAGGAAAAAGUCAACAAACCGAGUGGAAGUUUUACAAAAGGAAGUUGAGAAUGCUGUCACAAUAAUAUGUCAGAAGAAGUUGAUUGAGCUGUACAAGAAGAAAAAUAUAUCAGAACUUGCAGAGGUACACUGUGUCCUAAUUGAUGCUAGGGAACAGCCACCUCCAUCAACAAUAGGUGCUUCAAGUGUCUAUGUGAUGCUUAGACCGGAUAAGAAAUUAUAUGUUGGAGAGACGGAUGAUCUUGAGGGCCGAGUCCGUGCGCAUCGUUCAAAGGAAGGAAUGCAGAAUGCAUCGUUCAUGUAUUUCUUAGUCCCAGGAAAGAGUCUGGCUUGCCAACUGGAAACUCUUCUCAUCAACCAGCUUUCUAAUCAAGGCUUUCAACUGACCAAUGUGGCUGAUGGUAAGCACAGAAAUUUUGGCACAUCCAUCUCCAUAGAAAGCGUGCCUGUGUGCUCAUGACGCCACAGCCCUUGAUCCCCAUGUUGUGCAACCAAUAACUAGUCAGUCAGAAGAAAGAGGUAGUUGGCCUUGCUAUGUUACUGGAUGUAAUUCUUUGACAAAAGCAAGAGGAUGUGAAAUUGAUCUGGCAGUGGCUGCAGCAAUUUUGUCUUUUUGAUCUGUUGCUCCACUUGCUGUUUAAGGUCCUCACCUCCAGUAAAUGGGGUGAGAUUUUGUUGUUAUUUGACAUCUAAUCUUACUGUCAGUAAUGCUACAUGUAUAUAAAUUUCUUUUUAUUUCAUGAGUUCUACCUCUCCCAUUCUUUCCG